GGCAUAGAAGCACACACAGGGCUUCUCGCUGCUGCCAGUGGAGGAGCGACUCUUCAGUUGUACACAGUCAGCCUGUGGCGGAAAUACGCACUCCGUACAUCUUACCUGAAAGGCGUUUAUUUGUGUGCUGGGGGUCGACAGUGUGAGGAACAGGGCUUUUUUUCUGUGAGGACUGCAGCAGCCCCUGUGAGGAAAAACAUUAUUUUUCUACACGACCACACAGAAGAAGAUUGGCUGAGGAUCCUCAAACCUCCUGAUGUUUACUCGAGCUGACAAUCAAGAGAUGUUGCCCUGAUCGUAGUUUGAUGGGCACAGCUUUUCAUUAAGCAAGAUGUCAACCACAACAGAAAAUGGGAUGGGAGGGCCCUGGAGUACGAGCAGAGAGAAAACGUACAAAAAGACCACGUCAUCGGCCUUGAAGGGGGCCAUUCAGCUUGGUAUUGGUUAUACAGUGGGCAACCUCACAUCCAAGCCUGACAGAGAUGUGCUUAUGCAAGAUUUCUAUGUGGUGGAGAGCGUCUUUCUUCCCAGUGAGGGAAGCAACCUGACCCCAGCACACCACUAUCCUGACUUCCGCUUCAAGACCUACGCCCCACUAGCCUUCCGCUACUUCAGGGAUCUGUUCGGCAUCAAACCGGAUGACUACCUGUACUCCCUGGUAAAUGAGCCUCUGAUUGAGCUGACCAACCCGGGGGCCAGUGGCUCCCUCUUCUACCUAACCAGCGAUGAUGAGUUCAUCAUUAAAACCGUCCAGCACAAAGAGGCCAAGUUCCUCCAAAGAUUGCUACCUGGAUACUAUAUGAACCUGAACCAGAAUCCACGCACGCUGCUGCCCAAGUUCUAUGGACUGUACUGCAUCCAGUCCGGAGGCAUCAACAUCCGACUGGUGGUGAUGAACAAUGUGCUGCCUCGCUCCGUCAAAAUGCACUACAAAUACGACCUGAAGGGAUCCACCUACAAGAGACGAGCGUCCAGGAAAGAGAGAGAGAAGUCUUGCCCGACCUACAAAGAUCUGGACUUCCAGGACAUGCACGAGGAAGGGCUUUACUUUGACACAGAGACGUACAACAAUCUGAUGAAGACCCUGCAGAGAGACUGCCGGGUGCUGGAGAGCUUUAAGAUCAUGGACUACAGCCUGCUGUUGGGGGUGCACGUCCUGGACCAGAGCCAGAGAGAUGGGGGUGAGCCAGGCCAGGCAGGGGGUGACGGGAGGAGACCUGUGGGUCAGAGGGUGCUUUACUCCACUGCCAUGGAGUCCAUCCAGGGAGACGGCAAGGCCGCCGAAGCCCUCACCACAGACGACACGAUGGGGGGCAUCCCCGCCAAAACACACAAAGAAGAAAAGCUGCUCAUCUUCCUGGGUAUCAUAGACAUUCUGCAGUCCUACAGGUUCAUUAAAAAGUUGGAACAUUCGUGGAAAGCCCUGGUGUACGAUGGUGACUCCGUUUCAGUGCACCGGCCUGGGUUUUACGCCAGCCGCUUCCUCAAGUUCAUGAGCACACGGGUCUUCAGGAAGAAUCAGCCAUUUCGAUUCUCUCCUUCAAAGAGGACCCGCACUUCCAUACCGGCUCUGAAGUCGUCCUCACAGGAGAUCCUUUCAUCGCAGGCAGAUGAGAGGAGCGCGGAGGACAGGAGGGACAGGCUGGGAGGAGCUUGCAGUCUGGCCAGUCUGGAUGGACAAGCUGUGUUCGGUUCGUACCUGCGUCCUGAUCUGGUCCCCGCCAACCCGUCCUUCUACGAGGGCUCCUCCAUGGGAACCAUCUCCACCUCCUCCAUCUUUGUCAACUUGGACAACCAAACAGAAGAGAGAGAGGACGUUGCAUCCAGCUCCACGUUUACCCUGGAGGACAGUGCCAUCUGCCUCACCUCAGAGCAGAGCACCAUGGACGUGGACAUAGACCGCGACGACGGAUCUGUUCUCGAUGUCUACUUGUGAAAAAUGCAGCUUUACAAACUUCAUUUCCUCCUGCCAAUCAUAAGACAAUCGCCGCACUCCAUUGGACGGGCCAGGCCGGCCUUUUGACUUCACACCUAGUGCUGCUAGAUACAUAUUGCCACUCGUAUUGCCAACAACACACAAGAAGUCUGAGAUUCUCUCCCGGUUGAUGGACUAAAAGAAGACACCAACAGUCGCAGGUGAUGGACAUCUGCAGGAACCAUGUGACGUAUCAUGUAACGUGAUGAACAUUGGGCUGAGUGUCGCUUCUUUAGAGCAUGUGUCAACACAGUGACAUUAAGUUUUAUAUAUGUAUACUGUUUUCAUGGCCCACGCAAGAUCUCAGCAUUUACUAUAAAUACAUAGGAGAGGGUAUAUACAUUUCUUUAAAUGUUUUUUUCUCCUGACCAGAAAGAAAUGAGACUUUCUUAGUGUGCAGCUGCACUAGUUGCCGAUCAGAAGAGAAAUGUUUACAGUGAAUUUAUGACGGAAUCCUCGUCCCGGAUCGAUGGGGACGCGAAGGUGUCCCCGCGGAGGACACAAGCCAGCUUGUAGCCACAGCAGAGACAGAUGAGAAAAGACUCACACAAGCAGACACACAAGUGAUGGAUUCUGAAGCUCCCGAGGCCGAACACAGACUGUGACGUGGUUAAAGGGGCCACCUCAUCCGAGCUGGGCUGUUAUUUGUGCUGCCAUGACAGGAAUCUGAAGCCCUGGCGAAGGGCUGCUGGAAAGUAAGAAAAGACAGUUACUGGAUCUUGGACGAAGCCCAGAGCGGAGGGACGACACACUCGCUCUUGAUAAAAAGGCACUUUUGACAUUGGUUAUGAUUACUGUAAGAAAUAUUUUCUCUGAAGAAGUUGCUUAGGUGGGUGGGCUGCCUGACAUAAGCACAGAUUUGGAUAUGUGAAUAUGCACUUUUAUUUCCUCUUUAUACUACAAAUGCACACCUCUGUAAGUCAAUGAUACUGGUGUAGAUCAUUUUUGAUGUGGAGCUACUAGUUUUGUGAGGUUUUGCGUCAUGACUGAAAUGCUUUUACUCAGGAGAUCCUUUGAUAAUGAAUAAGUGUGUCCUCUCCAUGAAGUUAUCAGACAGGAAUCCUACAUAUAGAAGCUGUCCGAUACCUCUUCAUCAAGACCAUAUCCAACUAUAAAUGUUGAACUCCACAAACACGUCACUUGAGACCAUAAUUUAUUAUGUAAAAUUCAAUAUUUUACCAUUUGCUGAAAAAAAAAAAAUACUUUAAUCGCUGAAUGUAAAGACAAUGCAUAUUUAUAUAAAGAGGCUCCUAUGAAUAAACUGCUUAAAUUUAAUGUCAGUCUCGCCUGUUUGAUUAUUGAACUACUCGUGUGAUUCUAACAAUGAACAAUCUGUGACUUGGGAGUUAGCUGAGUUUUAUGUGUUCCUUUUUAUAUGUGCAGCAGUUACCCUUAAAAGAGUACGCUGCACUUUCUCUGUUGUGUAACAAUUUUAAUUUACAGAAAAUUGUCAAAUUGCAUUACAUUUAGUGCAAAUAAUAACACUUCCGAUGUACAACUUAGAAAUAUACAAAGUGUAGAUUACUGACAAAAUAUCAAAAUUAAAAACACUAAAUGCAUUCUUCAGCUGACAUUGCUCUUAGAUCUAGCUCUUGUAUUCAUCAGAGAGAAAAUUACACAGAUCCUUUCGAACCUUCGACCCCUUAGACCAAAUAUCUGAUCAA